AUGUCCGCCAAGUUGUUCAUCCUUCUUGCGCUCGUCGCCAUUGCAUUCCAGUUCGCCACUGUCAUCGAGGCUCGUAAUGCUCCACCAAUGACUCGUAUCCAGGAAGUUUUCCGCAGUCUGAUGGCUCCAGAGGAGGUUCGUGGAAAGAAGUACUACCAGCAAUACAUUCCAAACGCCGACCAAUACAUCACCGAGUGGUGA